AAUCUGGCUAACGGUGCUAUUUUAACACUUAAAAGCUACCAAACGGGCUCUAUUCGCUUUUCUGCUAAACGGAUCGUCGAAAAAGUUCGGUGGGGGGAAUUCAUUAGGGGAAGUUGAAUGGUCAAAAUACUGGUGAAAUGUUAGCUUAUAAAAUCAUCAAGAAAACAUUAAGAUGGAACUAUAUUUUGUUAGCAAGUCGAUCCUUUUCUGUUGUGACGAGUGAAGCAGACAACAUUUUGUCCCUAAUUAAUAUGAGCAAUGACAUUGAAGGGGGAGCAUUCCAAUUGCGAAGACAAAUGAGAAGGGAUUCAUUAUGUAAUUCUUUGUUUAAUCAAGAUCAUAGGGUGGUUAGAACGAGUAUCGGAUCUUUUUCUUUGUCAAAUUGUUAUUACAGCAGCCAUGGAUAUUUAAAAGACGUCAAAGACAAGUCCUUAGGAUCUGUCCCUGAAGUUGUCAAGAUAGUAGAAGUUGGCCCAAGAGAUGGUCUACAAAAUGAGAAGACGAUAGUACCUACAGAAGUGAAGGUGGAGCUUAUUAAAUUACUUGUUUCUAGUGGACUGCCAGUUGUUGAGGCUACUAGUUUUGUGUCUCCAAAGUGGGUACCACAGCUAGCUGAUGCAAAGGAUGUAAUUGAAGCAGUUAAGAGUCUUACAGGGGUCCGCUUACCUGUUUUGACACCGAAUCUUAAAGGUUUUGAAGCAGCUGUUGCAGCUGGAGCCAAGGAAGUGGCAAUCUUUGCCGCAGCAUCCGAGUCCUUUUCUAGGUCUAACAUAAAUUGCAGCAUUGAAGACAGUCUUGCUCGUUAUCGUGAUGUUGCUCUUGCAGCCAAAAACCAUUCCAUCCCCAUUCGUGGGUAUAUAUCAUGUGUUGUUGGCUGUCCCGUAGAAGGAGCAGUGUCUCCAUCAAAAGUUGCAUAUGUGGCUAAAGAACUGGUAGAUAUGGGUUGCUUUGAAAUUUCUCUUGGUGAUACAAUUGGAGUUGGUACUCCAGGUACUGUUAUUCCAAUGCUUGACGCUGUAACCCAAGUUGUCCCAGUAGAGAGGCUUGCUGUUCAUUUUCAUGACACUUAUGGACAAGCUCUUUCCAACAUUAUUGUGUCGUUGCAAAUGGGGAUCAGCACAGUGGAUUCAUCUGUAUCAGGCCUUGGGGGUUGUCCAUAUGCUAAAGGUGCCUCGGGUAAUGUGGCUACGGAGGAUGUCGUUUACAUGCUCAAUGGACUAGGAGUGAAGACAAAUGUGGAUAUGAGAAAGCUUCUAUCGGCUGGAGAUUUCAUCUGCAAACAUUUGGGUCGCCCUUCUGGUUCUAAGGCUGCUAUUGCAUUGAGUAGAACAUCUACUGCUUCAAAGCUGUAAGGGGGACCUCCGAUGCCUUUGAAUUUGUACACUGCUCCCGCUCUGAGGUGAAAGUCACUUCACACCAACUCAUACUGUACCAUAAUUUUCUUAAACAUAUCCAUGACGAUGUGCGUCCUCGUCAGUGGCUGAUGUAGUCGCCGGGUUUAUCUAAACCCAGUACUUUUGCCGCGGAGCACAAAUUUAUAUGUAAAAAUUCAUUAAAAUUGCUACAAA